AUGCAUAUCCUGGUUGUCAACGACGAUGGCCCCCCAAACACCCGCCUAUCACCCUACAUCAAACCCCUCGUGGCCCAACUCCAAAAAGCAAAUCACCUAGUCUCAGUCGCUAUCCCAGCCGCAUCCCGCUCCUGGAUCGGCAAAGCCCACUUAAUCGAAGCCUCCCUCACAGCCAACUAUAUCCAUCCUGACUCUUUCCGCCCCGACGGCACUUGGGAUGAAUCCUACACAGACUCCACCUCUACCUCCGAAGCCGAAGCCGAGAACUCAUGGGUGGUAAUCAAAAAUGGUACACCAGCCAGCUGUGCCCAGCUAGGUCUGUACAAUCUCUUCACUGAGCGCCCACCCAUUGACCUCGUCAUCUCGGGCCCGAACCAUGGCCGCAAUGCCUCGACUAUCUACAAUUUGUCCUCGGGGACAGUUGGUGGUGCUCUUGAAGCUGUGUUCUGUGGGAAGAGAGGUAUUGCGAUCUCCUUUGGAAGUAAGGAUCCGCAGACUGAUGAUGUUAUUGCUGCUGCGGCGAGAUUGGCUGUGAAGGUUGUUGAGCAUUUAUUUUCUGUUUGGGAUGAGAGAGUUGAGUUGUAUAAUAUUAACAUUCCUAUGAGGGAGGAUGUGGAGAGUAGGCCUGUUCUUUAUACGAGGACGUUGCCUUAUUAUUGGUCGAGGGGGUGUUUGUAUGCUGAGACUGAGAAGGAGGAGGAAAAGAAGGAGAAGGUUAAUGGGACGACUAAUGGGGUUGUUACGAAUGGGGUGCAUCAUUGUAAUGGGAAUGGGAAUGCAGAGGUUAAUGGGAAUGGACAUGUUCAUCCUAAGCAGCAACAGCGCCAUUUUAAGUGGUCUGCUGAUUUGUCGGAUAUGAAGAAGAGGUUGCAGAAUAGUGAGGAGGGGACAGAUGCUCAUACGGUGUUGAAUGGGUCGACUAGUGUGACUGCGCUGCGGGCCAACUUCUGGCAUGUCCCUGGUCUUGAGGGACCGAUUUACCUGGAUCAAUAA